GAAAGAUGUUUUAAAAACUUAAGGUCAUUAAAAAUCGACUUAAGUCAACUAAGUACCUAUGUCCGAUCUCCUAGAUUUAUAGUAUGUCAACCUGCCACCUCACGGAUCAUGGAUCAUGGGUCUUUCGGAGUAAAGCUCGUUGAACAUGGAUCCUUUAUGCCCAAGAUGUAGAGUAUGGUGAAGACCUUCAAGCAUAUCGAACUGGUCUGGAUCAGCCUUGAGGCACUGAGGGAGACAGUUGUCCUCUCCUAUGACCAAGGAGGACUACCCAUACUUCAAGACCAAUAGAUUGGGUAGAAAUGGUUCUUCAAUCAAUUUCUGGAAAAGAAGAAAAGGAGCUACGCCAGGAAUGUGGCCAAGUAAGGAUUUUGGGAAGGGACCAGCCAUAUCUUGGGUCGUAUCCUAAACCGCCAGUUGCUGGAGCUCCCAACUUGGAUAACUUUCACAAAAGUGAAAUAUGCUUUAUUACCAAACAAUCUUGUGGGUUGCUACCAAGAUGUCCGAGGACCAUCUCAAAGACAAAAUGCCCAAGCAAAUCGAUUACCGAUAUGAUAAAAAAUCGAGAGAGUGGGCAACUGAGAGGAUUGGGAUUCUCCCAAGGUGAUAAGUGCAUUAUUGGUAAUUCCAAACUACCUACAAGAAUGAAAAAUGUGGAUACAUAUGAGAACAAAGCAUUUUGUGGAAUUUACUCUCACGACGGUAAUACACUUCUUACAGCUUCUCAAGAUAGAUUCAUCAGGACUUAUGAUUGUUCUGAUGGAUGCAACUUCAAGGAGCUAAACAUUAUUCAAGGAAGAGAUAUCGGCUGGUCUGUUCUCGAUACUGCCUUUUCCCCUGAUUCCAGUAAAAUAGCAUAUUCAUCAUGGUCUAAUAGUUUGCAUUUGGUGGACAUAGCUUCUGGCGAUAAUGGUCGUCACGUAGCUUUGCCCCUCUGCCCAGAAGAAAGGAGGUUUUGUGUUUUCUCUCUUGUAUUUUCACACUCUGGUAAAGAAAUUCUCUGUGGUGCUAACGACGGUCACAUGUAUAUUUAUGAUUUGACAAGAAAUGACAGGAGUUUAAGGGUCGAGGCUCAUGACGACGAUGUGAAUUCUGUCGCUUUUGCCGAUGGUACUUCAAAUAUCAUCUAUAGUGGUGGCGAUGAUGGGUUUUGUAAAGUUUGGGACAGAAGAACGAUGUCGGAAGCAUCGCCUAAUCCGGUGGGCAUAUUAGCAGGACACUUAGACGGUAUAACUUACAUUGAUUCUCGUAAUGAUGGGCAUCACCUUAUAUCCAAUUCUAAAGAUCAAAGUAUCAAACUGUGGGAUAUAAGAGCAAUGUCUUCAAAAUCGGCUCAGGAAUGUACAAGGAAAGCAGUCAACAGUAACAAAUGGGACUACCGAUGGCAAACUGCUCCACGUAAAUUGAUUACUCGGAAGACAAAUAUAAAAGGUGAUACAUCAAUAGCUACUUACAGAGGCCAUUCAGUUCUUCAGACCCUGAUAAGGUGCCAUUUCUCCCCACAGUUUUCUACUGGUCAGAGAUACAUUGUGACUGGAUGUGCUUUUGGUAGAAUUGUUGUUUACGAUGUAUUGACUGGAAAUAUUAUACUAAAGUUACGAGGUCAUUCUUCAUGUGUCCGUGAUGUCUCAUGGCACCCAUACAGACCUGAAAUAAUCAGUAGCUCAUGGGACUUCUCGGUUGUAUGUUGGAACCAUCAUGGAAUAAACAACGAUACUUCAGAAAUUGAUUCAAGGACCUCGAUUUGGGAGGAUGAAGAAGAGGAUUGGAACUCCACGCAGCAUUUGCGCAGAUCACGCAGGAUUGCUGAAAGAGCUACAACUUUUAAUAUCGCUUCAUAACUUGAUUUGUAAAUAUAUACACCACAGAAUGCUAGAAGUCUUUUAAGGAAGAACUGAUAAUGUAAAUUUGUUUUAAUUUGAUUAUCCCCAUAUCUUUUUAAAUCCUAACUCUAUCUUUUAAUAAUUCAGUCCCUUUCUUGGUUCAAUUUCACUCCUAAAAUAGAGCAUAUGAAUGUAUUAGAUAAAAAAAAAAAAAAAAAAAAAACAAAGAAAGAAAUUGUGAUAUAAAAUUUUGUAUGUAUGUAUGUAUGUUUGUAAAAAGAAGAUACAAAGGGAGAGAAAGAGAGAGAUGUGUAUAUACAUGAGAAAUGUGUAUAUACAUAAUAAAGUGUAUAUAAAUUUUAAAAUAUUUACAGUUAUUGUCGAAUUCACCAAGUUUUCAGUGCCUUUUUUUCUUAAGUAUUUUUAAUACUUAUAUAAGUUAAGAUGAAAGUGAGACCGUAAUUUGAAAUUAAGGUAUAAUAAUGGUGAGAUGUUUUCAUUAUUUUAAAAAUAUUUUAUUACCCUUAGAUUUAGAUAAUCGUAGCUACAGAUUGUUACCUUUUUAUUUUUUAUUUUGACUUCAUUAUCCUGUUUGUAAAUUUAAAAAAAUAUAUCCAAGAUCGCUCUAUUAAAUUUGUAGUUUGUUUAUUUUUGUUUUCGAUUUUGGAAUUGGGUAAUUGCAUGAUUUUUUUUUUUUUUUUAUG